AGCACCACUUCCCUUCCCGUGCAGUGAGCACAGAAGAAGGAAGGGCUGGGGACAGUUACAAGUUCACAAGAAGGAACCAAGGAUCAGCCUGAGAGAACCCAGAGUUAAAGCUCUUAGGGUUCCUGAGAGCUCAGCUGGAAGUGACUGGGUGACAAGGCGCACAGGCUCAGCUGUGGCAGCUCCAUCAUGAUUCCACAGGUAGUGACCAAUGAGACCAUCACAACGAUUUCACCAAAUGGAAUCAACUUUCCCCAAACAGAGGAGUCCCAGCCUACCCAACAGAGGCAAGACAGCCUGAAGAAACAUCUAAAGACUGAGAUCAAAGUGAUAGUGGCAAUCCAGAUCAUGUGUGCUGUGACAGUGUUGGCUCUGGGAAUCAUUUUGGCAUCUGUUCCUCCUGUCCCAUAUUUUAACUCAGUGUUUUCUGUCCUGUUAAAAUCUGGCUACCCAUUUAUAGGAGCUUUGUUUUUUAUUGCCUCUGGAAUUUUGUCCAUCAUUACGGAGAGAAAGUCAACAAAACCUUUGGUAGAUGCCAGCCUAACUCUGAAUAUCCUGAGUGUUUCAUUUGCUUUCGUGGGCAUCAUUAUCAUCUCUGUCAGCCUGGCUGGUUUGCAUCCUGCCUCAGAGCAAUGCAAGCAGAGCAAGAACCUUAGUCUAAUUGAAUAUGACUACUACCAACCUUUCUACAACUCAGACAGGAGUGAAUGUGCCGUCACCAUGUCUGUUCUGGCUGGAGCCCUUUCAGUGAUGCUGAUCAUCAGUGUGUUGGAGCUUGGUCUGGCUUUGCUAUCUGCCAUGCUGUGGUUGAGAGAGGGUGUUCUGACUUCCCUUAGAAUGUGAUUUUCCUGUCUUGUAACUCCAAUAAUGAAGCCAAUGUGGAAUCAAAGGCACUUUGUAACUGUGCAUAUGAGGAACGAUUGGUUUUUUUUUUUAAGAAAAACAAAACAAGACAAAACAAAACAAAACAAAAUACCCAAAACAAGUGGGAACUAUACAGCAGAGGAUAUGUCUUCAUGAUAAUGCAGAAAUUCCAACCAUCACAGGGUAGCAAUGCUUGCUACUUAAAAUGUAGACUGUUUAUACAGUGGGUACCAGUAUGGGUUGAAUGGGUGUAUUACUGGCACACUAUUGAUUUUUCAUGACCUUGGCUUCAGCUAAUGCUCAGACCUACAAAUGGUGGCCAGACACUGAGAUAUUUCUUAGAAAACCAAACAGAAUGUUUCAGGCCAUUAUAGUGGGGAAAAGGGACAACAUUUUCUUGCCCCCUGCAAUUAACAGCAACAGUUAACCAUUAGCAGUCUUUGUAUUCAGAAUCUCUGCUAUGACAUGGGUCUUUUAUCAUAUCAAUUUUAUUGACUAGUGCAUAGAAACAAGUGGCAUGCAAUGAAGUCUCAAGAGUAGUCAUGCUGUUGGUUCAAAAUAAAGUCUUUUCUGAUUGUA